AUUUUUUUUUUAUUUUUUAUUAACACGACGUUAUGCUGAUGUUUAUCCAAUGCAGUAAAUAGAUCGAACCCGUUGGACCGAUCGGGAGGGAAACAGAGAAGGGCAAAAACGUAAAUAGAGGAAAACUCCGAGCCGAGACUCAGUGACUCGGUAUAAAUAUGGUUGUCUGAGUGAGGAGCGAGUUUACUCGUUUUUCAUCUUUAAUCGUGGAACGGGAAAAGAGCCCAAAAAACGGAAGACUCUCCAAAACGCCAGUCUCUUCACUUUCCACUUCCUUCUUCUUCUUCUUCUUCUUCUUCUUCUCUCUCAUGGCGUCGGAUGAGAGCUUGACGAUGGUUUCUUCCUCUAUGUUAGACGAGGACUACGAAGACACGGAUGAUGGGUUGCAGUACCAGACCCGGAACAGCAGCUUAUCGAGGCUGUCCGUGUGCACAAGCUCCCUCCUGGACGAAAACGACGACGCCGAGGCGAGUAAUCCAUCGGAAUUGGGAAUAUUCAUGUCGGGUUUGUCCCUGGAGAGUUUCGACGGAUCCGACGCCGAUGGAGAGGUCUCGGACGUGGACAAAGGAGGGGGGAGGGAACACGACGGGUCGUCGGAUUCCGACAAGGAGCCAGGGUUUUACUCUCUCCCGUCGACACCGCCUCACCGGAGAAGAAAACUUCCGAAGGCGGAAGGGUCGGAGGCGAGGGAGAAGGAAGGAAGUAAGAGUAAUAUGAGGAGAGAGAGGAGGGGGGCGAGGGAGAAGAGGACGUCGUGGAUGGUGAAGGAAAGGGGAAAUCAGUACAAGAGAAACAGGGCGGGAGAGAGGGAGGGGGUGAUGGUGAGAGGGGGGGGGUGA